AUUCGGUGUUUCGGGGAUCCCAUACAGGAGGCGGAGGCGGACACUUCCGCCACCGGUCGGUAGUGGAAUUGUUGCCGGAAUCGUACGAUGGCUCCCUCGCCAGAACUCGGGCAGCCCAAGGCGCCCGACAAAGCUGAGCGUGAGGCUCAGCAUCAGGGAUCAUCGACUUCCGGCGAAGUGGCCGACCGUACCAGCACCACAGCCGCCGCUACCGGAAGUACUGGUAGUGAGACAGAUGUUAAUAAUAGCUCCCCCGCGACCGGCACCACCACGAACACUUCAAUCAACAGCAGUAGCAUUAGCAGUACGACGAAAGCCGCAGGAACAAGCACCGCUUCGAUCGGUACCGUUCCGCCCGUCAUCAGUACGAUGGCUAUGUCGGCUGCAACAACGACCACCACCACCACUCCGGCAACGGCGGUGAAGGUAUCAUCGUCUUCAACAUCAUUCGCCCCAAUGCCAACAUCUGCCGCCGCAGCAACUGCAGCCAGCAGUAGUGGCCAUGGUAAAAGUGCAGAAAGCAGCAAGAAUUCGUCAGCAUCCAGCACUACCACCGGUAACAACAAAGACAGCCACCAACAGUCAUCGUUUGCACAGGAACCGCUCGCAACCAUGAAUGAAGAUGCACUGAAAGCUUUGCUGGAUGAAGCGAUCACUUACAAAUGCCCUAAAGAUCGUGAGCAUAAGAGCGCAACAUUUAAUGAAUUGUUGAGCAAAACGGAACGCGAAGACCAGGAGCAAAACUUUUCCUUCACCAGUCGGCCGGUGCACAGCAAACGAGCGUCUGCUCGUCCGACACAGGGUGGUUCACUGCAAGACAUAACGGAGGCGACUAAGCAAGAGUACGGCUACACAGAAUACUGUUCCGGAUCGAGCCUUGCCCACAAGCGGCACGGUGGCACGGGAGGUCAUGGCGGUUUCCGCAGCAAGCGCCAAAUAUCGUCGGUUUCCUCGAGGCAGCGCGAGGGCGGCAGUCUGCCCAGUAACGUGAACGAAACGACCACACCGUCCUAUAUCAGCGAACAACCGUUCCUGAACGAAGUGCGCCUCCCGCUCAAAUCAACGUCCGCAAAGUUUUCCGCCAAAAGCAACGACUACGGUGCGCUAUUGCAAUCGGCACCGCUGAAUGCAAUCGGGGCAAGCGAUUGGAGCGGAAUCGGUGGACUGGGUGGUGGCGAAGAAUCUCAAUCGAAUGCUGUUACCGGUGGGGAGAUAGGAGUUGGCAGCACGAACUUUGGUAUACAGCGAGGUGGCGGUGUCAUUGUUACGGGAUCUGGUGCAGCAGUAGCAGCAGCAGCACACACUGUCAUCAAUAUGGGUGAGCUGGAUUCGGACGAGGGCCCGUCCGGUCAUCGUGGCUUCCGGGAGAUAUUUUCUGGUCAUGCAAAUAACGCACUGCAACAGUUGUGUAUGUUUGUGUCGCAGAACAAUCACUACGAAUCCAGCGCGGACGAGAUCGAAAUGAUGGGAAUGGGUGCGUCCAGCAAUGCGGCGGCUACCGGUGGUAUCGGCUGCAGUGUUUCGAGUGGUGGCAGCAGCAGCGGGGCCACCGUUUCAAGCGGAACAACCAUCACGUAUAGUGGAUCGACCGUUGACGCGUACGGCAACGGUGGCACCAGCAGCAACAGUAGCACAUCCAGCAGCAGUAGUAGCACCGGUGGCGGCGGGGCCAACCUUGUUGGUUCGUCUGCAGGAGGGCUUUCUUCUGCCAAGAAAACUUUCUGUUACCCGCAGCCACAGUACACAACGCAGGCGUGUCUGGAAAUAGGGCAGUCUACCAACCUGAAUCGGCCGUCGUCGGUGCAUCAUGUCGAUAAGACCGUUCCGCUGCCGAUGCUGGAGACGGUUCAGCUUGGUUCCACAUAUCCGGCGGUGAAGUGCAUGAUCGACAGCAGCAAGGUGGACCAAACCACCAUGAAAUCGGUGCUUUCGUCAAGCAAUCAGUUCAUAUCGACCACACGCAGCAGUCUUACUUAUCCGACAAUACAGCAAAAGUUCGAUGAGAAUGCCAACUCCGUUUCGCAGUUUGGUAGCGGCAGCGGAAGUGGCGGUGGUGGCGGCGGCGGCGGUGGCAGCGGUGGUGGUGGUUUAGGUGCAUCCAGCAGUGGCAAUCAGAUGGGAAUUGGUGUUUCGGGCAGCGGUUCGGGUAGCAAAAAACCUCGUAAACCAAAAUCCGACCGCAACACCGUCGUUGUGGUGCCGGAAAACAUUGCCGGCUACCGUGGCAAGUCCGAUAUCGAGGCGCUCGUCAGCUACAUCGAAAAUACGGAUAAUGACAAAUCACAUCAACCGCAGCAUCAACUGUCUCAGCAGCAACAGCUACAACUUCAGCAGCAGCAACAACAGCAACAACAGCAGCAAUCGUCACAGAAUUCGUCUUCGAAAGGGGGUGGUGGUGUCGGUGCUAACAGUGCUACAACUGGAGGUGCAGGAGGAGGUGGUGUUGGAGCAAAAAGUUCCAACUCCAAACAGGCCAGUUCCGGCAUCUCGAACUCGAACAGUUUAACUGCCGGUGGUGGCUUACCAACCGUCGACAACAGCAACGGAGAGGAAAAGUCGAAACGGAAAAACGAGAAGAAACGAGAGCGGGCGGCAAAAAUGAAAAAAAGCAAUUCACUCGAAGAGCUUAGCAGUUGUAGUAGGAAAAAGGUUGAGGAAGAAAAUACGCGACAAAAUCACGUCGAAAAGGCUCGCGCACAGGAAACGGAUCCGGCCGUCACGUUGCGCAACAGUAAGUCGAAAAAAUCGACCCAAGCUGCCCAAGCGACAGCAGCCAAUGCCGGCAGCAAGGAUGCCAGUGGGGGCAAGCGCUCGGAACGAAGAUCCUGGGGCACGGAAGAGUUAACGUUCUUCGGCAACGAUGCGUCCGCCGGAUCGAUUGCAGUCGGUGGUGAGGAGAGUAUAUCGGCAGUUGCCGCCAGUGGAGGAAAGGGUAAAAAGGCCAAAGAUCAUAACGCAACCAGUGGCACCGUCAUGACUAGCACUAGUGGCACCGGCAAGGGUACUGCCGGCUCCACCGCGACGACCACCACAUCCUCCGAUGCAUCGUCGACGAUAAAUCACAACACGAAGAAAAGAGAUUCGCUGCGAAUGUCGGUCGAAUCGCUUUCGGCUCUGGGUGGCGGCGGUGGCGGUGGCACAGAGUCGUCCGAUUUUCAUGUGGUCACGAAAAAGAAGAAAACUAAAAAGAAGGCCCAAUCGCUAGGUUCGGAAGAGACGACGAGUAAUACGCCAACAGCAGUAAGCUCCUCACUGACGGUAAACCGACGGUAUCAAAGUGGUGGUACGGCCCAAACGAUUGCUGGCGGGAGUUACGGCCGAAAUGCAGCAUCCAACAACAAUAGCGGGAAUAGCGGCGGGGGUGCUGGUAGCGGAGGAGGUAGUGGUGGUGGUGGUAGGUAUCAGCCCAGCAGUCACUUUGCUGGCGAUCGUGAGGUUUACAUGAAUGCUGAUGUAUCGAGACGAAAAUCGACCUCCUCUGUACCGCCUUCGGAGAAGUCUGAUUCGAGUGAUGCCGACUCGGUACAUUCUUUACCGAUCGAAACUAACGCCUCCCGCAAGUCACAACAGCAAAAACAGCAGCAUAACCAGCAGUCAAAAGGCAAAAGCAAUCAGCAGCAGCAGACUAGUCAACAGCGUUCGGGUUCGGGCUUGGCGGCCACGUCGCAGUCUUACGCAGAGAUAGCCCGAAUUGCCAACGUGGAGAAGGCUGGCACAGGUAUUGGUCCGAAUGGAAGUGCGCUGGCUGCUGGCACUACGGAUGGAUUGGGUAAUCAUCAUCAUGCGGAAGGUACCAUGGCGAACACAUCGGCGAGCGUUAAUAUGAUACAAGAUCUCAACUCUUCGGAAGCCUUCCCGCAACUAGUCGAAUCGCAACAAUUCCAUCCGAAUCAUCACACUCUACCACUAUCGCAGUCACACCAGCAGCAGCUACAACCUCAGCUGCAAACACUUGCUUCGUGCAAUAAUAGUGGCGGAACUGUACAUAAUAGCGGCAGCAGCACCGGCUCCGUUAGCAAUAGUAGUAUAAGUAACAAUAGUCAUACAUUAGGAACGCGGGCAACGUACUCGCAAAGUUUGCUCACGGCUGUGAACAACUCGAACGAUGAGGCAAACAAGCAGCAUUACGCACUGACCGGUGCCACAUCAGGAACAAAUGGCAACACCAGCAACGAAGCGAUGUCCAGUGGUGGACUGGUUGCUGCUAACAAUGGUGGCCAGACGACGUUAAAGAGCGGUCUCGACAGCACCAAAGCGUCCCUUCACAAGUCAAAAAGUGUCGAUAAUAAUGAUAUCUACUACUCCAACGAACACUACCCAGCGCUGGAGAAAACGGUUAAAAGCUACUAUCAUACCCGUGCGAAUAACAGCGCCGAUCCACCAGGUGCUGCCACUGUUGCAUCGUCAUCGGCGGUGAAUGCUGCAGCAAGUAUUGCAAACGGUUGUAAAAACACGACUAAAUCAACAUCAGCAUCUACGGUUGCUGUGGUUGUUGCUAGUAGUAACACAAAUACCUCUUCUUUGAGCACAUUAAGCUUCGGUCAAGUAGCUGCUUCGGCUGUGUCUGGCGCACAGUCGACGUUGUCCACCAAUUCUACCGCUCCAGUGAACCCUCCUACCGCAACAAAGAAAGGAAAGGCUAAAAAAGAUCUCAGUGUCAGUGUAUUGACGGUUUCCUCUUCGGCUACGACGGCGUCACAGCAACAGCAAUUGGAUGCCGAUGGUCCAAACGCAACGAAUAGUAGCGAAUCGUGGCAUAAUACCGGUGGUGCUGUGACAAUCGACACAGAUUCACAAACCAGUACCAUGCUGCCGUUCGAUACGCGAAGCCCCAUGAACGGUGGCCCUGGUGUAACAUCCAUUCACUUCAUACAAACAUCACCACAACCACAGCAACAACAACAUGGACCCGGUGGCAACACUUCUUCCGUCCCGCCGACGGCCGGUGGUAAGCGGAACAAGAAGGACAAACACUCUGCUGCUUUGUCUGGGGCGGAUAAAAAGGCGGCCAACAAUCCGAAUCAGGAGGCGAAUCAGGCAAACAAAAGCAAAAAUCGUCCGGCUGUAAUUAUCGUGAACGACAACGAACCAAAAUCGAACGAAUUUACCUUCGGGUUCGACAUCGAUCAAGAACUGCUGUUUGGUGACUUUAGCGAGGAAGAUCGUAAGCUGCUCGAAGGGGAUGGGAGCUGCCCCGAGCCAGCACCACCGAAAAGCAGGGAAAAGGGCGGUAAACAGCAGCAGGGACGGCGGAAUAGUGCUGCUGCUCCUGCUGCUGCUGCUGCUACUGUUGCGCCUUCGUCGACCAGCAACAGUACUGCGGUACAGACGACGGACCUUGAUUAUGCGCUGAUGCAGCAACAACAUCAACAAUCGACGGUCGUCUUAUCGCCAACAGCGGCGCUAAACGAUACGCACAACAGUAGUAUCAGCAAGGCGUCACCCUCGUCCGGAUCUUCAUCCGUUUCGUCCUCAUCGGCUUCACUUUCCUCGGCCACCAUGUGCAACAGUUACCAGCAGCAGCAGCAACCUCAACAGCCGCCUUCAAUUCCGGUGGUGCAGAUGGCGACUGCCGUUGAUCAAACGAACGAUCCAACCGAGCCGUUGCCAGUUGAUGGCGCCACUGUGCCAGGUACAAACAUUUACCACCAGCCUCCACCUGUGGCACCGUCGUUGCUUUUCGGUACGAUCUACACACAACCGCCGCCCAUUCUUCCACCACCAGCGGCCACCACCACUCGACCACAAACUGCACGACCACAUCACCAACAGCAACAGCAGCAACAACCACCGGCGCAUCAUCAUCAACAUCAUCACAAUCAGUACGCCCUGCCACCGCCCGUUAUGACCCCAGUGACUGGUGCCGUGCCGACGGUCAGUGCGGCAACCGUUGCCGUACCGGCGGUGAAGGAUGCGAAUGCCAACCCGACGGUUCCACCCGUCGUCGCAGUGCCGGCAAGACAUCUCAUAACAGUUCCACCGCCACCGCUACUCCCGACGCUAGCAAUCGUUCCAACGUACAACAAGGCGGUGAUCAUACCGGCGGCAUCUACUCUUCCUCCAGCGGUGGCCGUAACAGUGCCGAUCGUUGCCCCGGCAGCACCUUCCACAACUGCACUAAUCGUUACCCAACCGGUUGCGGUUGCACCAGCAACUGGCAAAGAGCUGGCUGUACUGCAGAACGAUAUUACCAACAACAAUAGUGCUGCUGCUGCUACAACUACCCACAGUGUGACCCAAACCAAUGCAGUUACAAACAACAAUAGCAUUGCUCAAAGCUACCACCAACAGCAACAACUGCUACAACAACAGCAGCUGCUGCUCCAACAGCAACAUCAACAAAUGCCCAAGGUUCAAAUAAUGACGGUGGACACGGCGGCCCAGACGCAAUCGCCACACACACCAUCACCACCAUCAUCAUCAUCGCAACAAUCUUGCACGUCUUCCACGACGGGUUCGGUUGACGGGUCGACGAAGCCGCUGCCAUCCCAACCGAUGGUCGUCGUGCGUGAGAAGAUGAAGGAGCUCAAUCUGCGAUUCAUUGCACCGGAGCAGGUGCACACGACGGAUUACAACCAUGAUAAGAUUGUCUUUUUCGUAGGAACGGCAUGGGAAGACGCCAUUUGCGGCAGCAAUGGAACUACAAAGUACUACGAAGGUCAAUAA